AGCCUAGCUAGACGUGCACUACUACCGCACUAAAGAGUUCAUGUGUUCGCGAAGUGCUCAUGGUGAGGCAGUUGCCAUUUUGAAACCCAAAUCGUUCACAGUACACCCGCCCUGAAACCUGGAACUAUGCCGCGGGGCCGGCCUCGCAAACUGAGGGAUAAAACCAACGACGGAACAGAGGGUAUAUCUGGAGCCAAGCAGGACUACAGCCAUGAAGAUUCCAAGGACAACAAGUGCACCGUCUGCUCCCAGAGCUUCACUACUGAGAGCCAGCUACAGAGGCACCAGCGCAACCAUGAGGCCAACGACAAGCCUCACCGGUGCGACCAGUGUGCCCAGACGUUUAACGUUGAGUUCAACCUCACGCUCCACAAAUCCACACACGCCACCUCCAACCCCACCUGCCCGGUGUGCCACAAGAAGUUCUCCCGCGUGGCCAGUCUCAAGUCCCAUAUCAUGCUGCAUGAGAAGGAGGAGAAUCUGAUCUGUACAGAGUGUGGCGACGAGUUCAUUCUCCACAGUCAGCUCAUGCUGCAUCUGGAGGAGCACCGCAAAGAGCUGUCUGGGGCCAAGGUGUACACCUGCAAGACCUGCAGCAAGGAGUUCAAGAUGGCGGGCCAGCUCAAGGAACACACCAAGACCCACAUCAAGAUGAGGCCACUCAGCUCGAAUUCCAGAAACUACAAGAAGAAUAUUGAUCGCAGUGGAUUUACCAAUAGCUGUCAGCAUUGUGGCAAGACAUUUAAAAAGCCCAGCCAGCUCGUUCGACACACACGAAUACACACAGGCGAACGGCCGUACAAGUGCAGCCACUGUAGCAAGGCCUUCAACCAGAAAGUGGUGCUGCAGACCCAUAUGGUGAGGCACACGGGAGAGAAGCCCCACCUCUGCACCUUUUGCCCCGCUUCCUUCUCGCAGAAGGGCAACCUGCACUCGCACGUCCAGAGAGUGCACUCUGAGCUUACGGGAGUACCACUGUUCCCGUGCAUGGACUGUAGCUGUGUGUUCAAAAAGCUGGGCAGUCUCAACGCCCACAUCAGCAAGAUGCACAUCUUGCUCAUUGAGGAAUCGGCCAACACACAGGAGGUGGAGGAGUCGGGUCAGGGCGUGGCGGGGUCAGAGGGCAGCGAAGUGGUGACUGACGUGAUCCAGCAGCUCCUAGAGCUGUCAGAGCAGGUGACAGGGGAGGGGACCCAGUCACAGCCCCAAGAACAGACCAUCACCAUGGAGACGGCCAUUAACCAGGACAUCCUACAGCAAGCCCUGGAGAACAGUGGGUUGAGCGUGGUUCAGUCCCAGACCAACGGAGCGGCCAGACAGACUCAGAGCCUUGCCGCUGAGGGGGCUCUACCUGACAGUAAGAAGUUACCAGGCCAGGACAAAACCGCCAAGAAGGAGAAGAAAAGUAUCUUCAAAAAACCUGUACAGAUGCCAGGCUCCAUCAGGGAGGAGAACGGCGUGCGGUGGCACAGCUGCCCUUACUGCAGCAAGGAGUUCAAGAAGCCCAGCGACCUGGUGCGCCACGUCCGCAUCCACACACACGAGAAGCCCUUCAAGUGCAAGCAGUGCUUCCGCGCCUUUGCCGUCAAGAGCACCCUCACUGCCCACAUGAAGACGCACACAGGCGUCAAGGCCUUCGAGUGCCAGUGCUGCAUGAAGUGCUUCUCCACGUCGGGCAGCAGGAAGGUCCACAUGCGCCUACAUACAGGUGUGCGUCCGUUCCCGUGCCCUCACUGUGACAAGAUCUUCCGUACGUCAGGCCACAGAAAAACGCACAUCGCCUCCCACUUCAAGAGCCUGCAGCAGAAGAAGCACAAGUUCCCACGCAAAAUCCACAGAACCAAGGUGUCCAAGAGCAACCUACCUCUGCCUGAUAUCCCCCUGCAAGAGCCCAUACUCAUCACGGACCUCGGUCUCAUCCAGUCCCAGAACCCUCGCCUGGUCUUUCAGACAUACCUGGAGAUGGUGGACAAUGAUCGGCCAUACAAGUGUCCCUGCUGUAACAAGGCCUAUAAGAAAUCCAGCCACCUCAAGCAGCACGUUAGGUCUCACACGGGAGAGAGGCCGUACAAGUGUGUCCAGUGCAGUAAGGGCUUUGCCUCCUCGGGGGUGCUGAAGGCCCACAUCCGGACCCACUCGGGCCUCAAGGCCUACAAGUGCCUGAUUUGUGACACCACGUUCACCACCAGCGGCAGCCUGCGCCGCCAUAUGACCACCCACAGCGACAUGCGGCCCUACAUGUGCCCUUACUGCCAGAAGACCUUCAAGUCCUCACCCAACUGCAGGAAGCACAUGAAGACCCACAGGUAUGAGUUGGCCCAGCAGCUCCACCAACAGCAGAACCCGGAGCCUUCGCCGCUGGACGACCCCAUGGAUGGCACCACCGUGACCCACGACCUACAGGUGGAGCUGGAGGACGGCACCCUACAGCAGGAGGCUCCUCCCACGGUGGGCUCGGAGCAGCAGGGCAUGCUGGACCUGGGCCAGGCGCAGGUGGUGGACGGCGGCCAACAGGUGCCGCUGGAGACCCAGCUGAGUGACCAGCCCCUGGGACAGGAAGAGGACACCUUUGUGACUACCCAGCAUGCUCUGCCUCAGAAUAUUAGCCAGUUUGAGACACAGACACUCCCGCAGCCUGGCUUUGACCAGCAAACACUUACUCAAGGUUUCACCAUCACCGCGGACGGCUAUGCCCAGGCCCAGUUCUCCACAGUGCAGCAGCUACAGGACUCCAGCACCCUGGAGUCUCAGGCCCUGUCCUCCAGCUACCACCCCCAGAACCUGCUCCAUGUGCCCAGCCAAGAGGUGACGAGUGGCCUGCUCCAGGAGACUAGCCAAGGAGACCUCCAGCUGUCCGACCAGACGCAAGACUACCAAGACCCAGAAGACAGCGAGGACAACAGCAAGAGGGCUUACAGGUGCACCAUGUGUAAUAAACCUUUUAAGAAGUCCAGCCAUCUGAAGCAACACGUGCGCUCCCACACCGGGGAGAAACCCUACUGCUGCAACAUUUGUGGCCGAUGCUUUGUCUCAGCAGGGGUCCUCAAGUCCCACCUCAACACACACACAGGAGUGAAGGCCUAUAAGUGUAACAUGUGUGACACUUCCUUCACCACCAACGGCAGUCUGAACCGCCACAUGGUCGUCCACCUGAAGCCCUACAAGUGUCACAUGUGUGAGGACAGCUUCCGCAACAGCGUGCUGUAUAGGAAGCACUUGAAGAAGGACCACGCCGAAGUGGACAGAGGGCUGGAGGAUGAGGACGGCGAGGAGGAAGAGGAGGGUGAGCAGACCGUGAUGAAGAGGAACCGGGCCAACAUCAUAACCUUCACGGAGGAGCAGGCGGAGGAGCUGGCCAAGAAUGACCCUGGUGACGAGGCGUCGGUGUCGGAGAAGGUGCUGGCCCAGUCGGCGGCGGAGCGCGACCGCAUCAGCGAGAUCAAGGACAAGGCGGUGGAGCUGGAGACGGAGCCCAAGUUCGCCAACUGCUGUAACUUCUGCCCCAAAAGCUUCAAAAAGCCCAGCGACCUCGUCAGACAUAUACGGAUCCACACAGGAGAGCGUCCUUACAAGUGUGACAAGUGUGGGAAGAACUUCACCGUGAAGUCCACCCUGGACUGCCACAUAAAGACCCACACAGGUCAGAAGCUGUUCAGCUGUCACAUGUGCAACACGUCCUUUUCCACCAAAGGGAGUCUGAAAGUCCACAUGCGUCUCCACACGGGCUCCAAGCCCUUCAAAUGCCCCUUCUGCGAGCUCCGCUUCCGCACCUCAGGCCACCGCAAGACCCACAUCCAGUGUCACUACCGGCCCAGCUCAGAGAGUCGGAAGGCCAAGCGAGCGGCAUCGUCCAGAAGUAACCAGAAGCAGCAGCAGCACGCGGGUAACCCAGAGACCCUGCACCCUGUGGGUCUGCUCCAGGCUACCACCACAGACCAUAACAUCUACCUCCCAGCCAACCAGGUCCUCGCAGGCCAGUUUGAUCAGAACCUGCUGCAGCAAGGCCUGGUGGGCCAGGCUAUUCUGCCUACCUCCAUGUCAGCGGGUGGUGACCUGACAGUGUCUCUGUCGGAGGGUCUGGCUACUCUGGAGGGCAUCCACCUCCAGCUUACCUCUGCCAACCUAGUGUGUCCCAACGUCCAGAUCUCUGGCAUCGACACUAGCAACAUCAACAACAUCACACUGCAGAUUGACCCAGCCAUCCUCCAGCAGGGAGGUCUCCUCUCCCACGCCCUGACAGGAGACGGAGGCCUGACCAGCCACCCCGGUUCCCACCUCAUGGCCACGGGAGACCCCUCGGCGCCCGGCUCCAAUGUGGUCCUGCACCCGCUCACCAGCCUGUCCCUGCAGCCCUCCGUCAUCGGCCCCGGCCACGUCACCAUGGGCAGCCUUGGCGAGCACGACAACACAGGCUCUCAUCAGGACCUGAGUCAUGUGAUGAGUGGUCCAGGCCUGGUGUCCAGUGGGGCUCAGGAGAUCACUCUGACCAUCAACAACUCCAGCCUCACCCAGGCUCUAGCUCAGGCCCAGGCCAACGCUGCUGCUGGGGGCAACACUGCUGCAGGCAACCACCCCCAGGAGAUCACACUCACCAUAUCAGGUCAAGACCUCCUCCAGCAGCACGGCGCCCCUGGUGGCGGAGAGAUGAUUGGCGGGAUCAGGCUGGCAUCCCACCAAACCACAGGUGCCACCCUCACCAUGUGCAAUGACCACCUCCUACCUCAAAGCAACGCGGGCCUGACUGUCACCAGCCUGCCGCCUAGCACCUCCCUAUCACAGACGGCUGGCUCCCAGAGUCUGGUGAUGUCGUCAUCGAGCAUGGCCAGCGACGGCAGCGUGACUCUCACACUGGAGGACACACAGGGUAUGCUGGACGCUCAACCUCAAUUCACGCUCAACUUCAACGCACAGAGUCAGCAGUACCAAACUAUGCUCAGUGACCAGGAUCUCUCAGGACAACAGGCCGGCUCCACCCAGCAGGUCAUACUGGUCAGUCACCACCCCCAGGCCACUGAGGAACAGCCCGACAAUAUUUACAGGCUGUCAGAGGAGGGCCAGGUGGUGGAGAAGGAGGACCAGGGGGAGAACCAGAAGCAGAACCAGUGUUUCUACUGCAAUCAGGUGUGUCAGAGCGCCAACACGCUGCGACGCCACUGCAGGCAGGCCCACGGCAAGGACCGGUGCCACGUCUGCAGAGUGUGUGGCAAGGCCUUCAAAAGAGCUACUCACUUAAAGGAGCACGAGCGUGUCCAUCAGCGAGGACCCUCACUGGGCUCCCAAAGGCCCAAGUUCUUCAAAUGCUCCUCCUGUGACAAAGCCUUCGCCAAGCCCAGCCAACUAGAGAGACACAACCGCACACACACAGGUGAGCGGCCCUUUAAGUGUUCCCAGUGUGACAAGGCCUUCAACCAGAAGAGUGCCCUGCAGGUACACACAGUCAAACACACAGGGGAGAAGCCCUACAAGUGUGAGAUCUGCAGCAUCAGCUUCACACAGAAGAGCAACAUGAAGCUGCACAUGAAGAGGUCGCACGGCUACGGUCCCGAUCGGACCCAGGAGGUGACGUUGGAGCAGGGGACAGAGACUGGAGUGGAUGUCCCUCCCGAGCUGAAUGACAUGGAAGAGGUUGUCCAGGAGUCUUCUGGAGACUGGCACUGUGGUAUUCCCAACGUGUUCCCUUAGCCCCCAACUCAGAAUUGAAUUGACCUUCCCAGUUUAUCCCAGCAUAGACUCUUUACUAGGCGUCUGUGCACUGAUGAUACGAAGCACUGAUUUGGCCACAAGUAGGUGUGGAAAACCUACCCCUCAGAUCAACCACCUCCUUUCCUCACCUCUUUUUAAUUGCGUUGGACAUUUCUGCACUUUUUCUAAAGCGAUGCUGCCACGCACAUACUGAAAAUAGAAAGCGUGUGCGGCCGUACCUCUACAUACAUUAGGUCCUUAGCAGCAGCUAUUUCUGCCCAUUUCUCUUGUCCUCAGAUAUGCAUUAAAGGGACAAUCUGUGAUUGCUACAUCCAUUUUUUUUUUUUACUUUUAAAUUCAUGAUAUAUACCCAUUGAUUAUUGAAGAGUAUAACUUAAACAUGCCUCAUGAGCUUAGUUCAGCUUGUUCCUCUUUUUUUGUGAAAAAAACGAACAAAAAAACAAGCAACAAACAUAUUAUCGCCUCAAUAUGGUUAAAUCUAUCCUUUUCAUAUCAUGGUUGUUCAGUCCUUGCAUUCAUAGCUCUGUCUUGUGAAUUUGGUUACAUUUCUCCAGCUCCAUCCCUCAGCUAUUUACCAAAUCGGUGGCGGAUUGCCCGCUUUUAUUAUUGUUUGAACUGCAGAUUGUCCCUUUAAAGGCAGAGAACUGGUCCCUCCAUUGACUAAAUUGCUGAAUCAACCUGCGCUCUGAUUCUCAUUAGUAUGAGUCCCUUACGAGACGUUUUAGUCAAUAAGCUGUUUAGUAAUCAUACGCUGACCUCCCAGUACAGUUCACCAGUCGGGGCUGUAGCUAGCUGAGGUAGACUACCGGCGGUUUUAUCCCUAGACUGUUGUUUACUCUGUUUGCCAAUAAGAGGAGUGAACGCUAGAGAUCUGCAUGGCUGCACUGUCAGUCCUGCGGUACUGGUUCACAUCACCCUGUAGAGUAGAAUAACCACUCACCUGCCCCAUCCGGAAACAGCCCCCCCCCCCCCCCCCCCC